ACCCGAAGUGAAGCUGCUAUGACAGUCCUCAGUGGGCACGUGGUGGUUUGUAUAUUUGGCGAUGUGACAUCAGCGCUGAUAGGACUAAGAAAUUUUGUGAUGCCACUCCGAGCAAGCAAUUUCCACUACCACGAGCUCAAACACAUCGUGUUUGUGGGCUCCCUGGAAUAUUUAAGGAGAGAAUGGGACACCAUGCAUAACUUUCCCAAGGUCUCAAUUUUACCAGGUACACCAUUAAGCCGAGCUGAUUUAAGGGCUGUCAACAUCAACGUUUGUGACAUGUGCGUCAUCCUGUCAGCCAAUCAGAAUAAUAUUGAUGAUACUUCGCUGCAGGACAAGGAAUGCAUCUUGGCAUCUCUCAACAUCAAAUCCAUGCAGUUUGAUGACAGCAUAGGGGUCUUGCAGGCUAAUUCCCAAGGGUUUUCGCCACCUGGAAUGGACAGGUCAUCACCUGACAAGAGUCCAGUGCACGGCCUUCUCCGUCAGCCCUCCAUUACGACGGGAAUCGACAUCCCUAUUAUUACUGAGUUAGUGAAUGAUUCCAACGUCCAGUUCCUGGAUCAAGAUGAUGACGAUGACCCGGAUACCGAAUUGUAUCUAACCCAGCCUUUUGCGUGCGGGACCGCCUUUGCGGUUAGUGUCCUGGAUUCCCUCAUGAGUGCG